UCUCCGGACUGGGGGGCUCAGCUGGGAAUUUACACCCAACCCCCGAAAGUCCUGCUGGCAGGAAGGUUGGAGGGACCCUGCUGGUCAGGAUACUAUGAGCUCGGGAAGGGGGCCGGUGAGCUCCGUGCGCGAGUUUACGCGCCACGCCAGCGAUGUGCUGCUCAACCUGGACCAGCUUCGGCACCGCCGCGCCCUGACCGAUGUCACCCUGCUGGUGGGGGGGCGCCCCCUGCUGGCCCACAAGGCGGUGCUGGCUGCCUGCAGUGGCUUCUUCUACUCCAUCUUCCUGGCCCAGGGGGGCAGCGAGGUCAGUGUCCUCACCCUGCCCGGCUCCAUCCAGCCCGGGGGCUUCCAGGCCCUGCUGGAUUUCAUGUACACCUCCCGCCUGCCCCUCACCCUGGCCUCCGUCCCGGCCCUGCUCAGCGCCGCCACCUACCUGCAGAUGGAGCACGUGGUGGACGCCUGUCACCGCUUCAUCCAGGCCAGUUACGACCGUGCUAGCUUCUACUCCAAGCCCCUUCCCUCCCCAGUGGACCCCAAACCCCUGGACCCCCUCCGACGACCCCCAGAUGCCAGUGGGAUGGUGCCCACAGGAGCUCCCCACCCAGAGGGGCCAAGCCUGGGCCCUCCCCUGCAAUCAGCUCCAGCCAGGGCCCCGGCGAAGGAUUCUGGGGGAGCGCCCCCAGGGGGGGAGCGGGGGCCCCCCGACAGCCCAUCGCGCUCUGAGGGGCACCCUGCCUCCCCCCGUGAGUCCAGCAGCUGCGCCCCCGACCCCAAGGCCUGUAACUGGAAGAAAUACAAAUUCAUCGUCCUGAACUCCCUUCGGGAGGAGGGGGUGGGGGAAGGGGGUGGGGCCGGCCCCCAGCCCCCCGCUCCCCUGACCCCUCCCGAGCCCCCGACCGGCGGAGACCGAGGCGCCUGCCGUGGCGGGGAAGAGGGGGGUGGCCCAGGGACCCAGCGGGACGGCGCCCCCUGUGGGCCGCACCCCUCCUCGUCACCGUGCCCCCUGUGCACCCAGCGCCUUCCUCAGGGGCGGCCCCAUUCCGCAGCAGGUGCAGGGCCAUAUGGCUGUGGGGCCUGCGAGCUGGGCCUGGAGGAGGAGGAGGGGGAGGAAGGGGGGGCGGCUGGGGGGCAGGCCCCGGUGGCCGCCCCCCAUGACAACAAACCAUUCAAGUGCCAGCUCUGCCGCUCGGCCUUUCGCUACAAGGGCAACCUGGCCUCCCACCGCGCCGUCCACACUGGUGAGAAGCCAUACCGCUGCGGAGUCUGCGGGGCCCAGUUCAACCGGCCGGCGAACCUCAAAACCCACUCGCGGAUCCACUCGGGUGAAAAGCCCUACAAGUGUGAGACCUGCGGCUCCAGCUUCGUGCAGGUUGCCCACCUCCGGGCCCACGUGUUGAUCCACACGGGGGAAAAGCCCUACCCUUGCGAGACGUGUGGGACCCGCUUCCGGCACCUACAGACCCUCAAGAGCCACAUCCGAAUCCACACGGGCGAGAAACCGUAUCAGUGCGAGACCUGCCGCCUGCCCUUCCGGCACAAGAGCCAGCUGCGCCUCCACCUGCGGCAGAAGCACGGGGCCGUCACCAACACCAAGAUCCGCUACGCGGUGCUGGCCGGCCCCUCCGGCGCCCGCUGCUGAACAGGGACCGCGCUUCCGCCCCCUCCCACCAGGAGGCAGGAGAGAGACGCCGCUCCCAACCCCCACCCCGCAUUGCUGCACCCUUCGCUCCUGCCAGCAGGGGGAGCUGUCUCGGGGUAGGGGAAAUUCCCGUCCCGUCAGGAGGGGCCCGCUGGUCGUGAAUCCCUUUCAUAGCACGUGUUGCCCUGCGGUGUCUGGGCUGGGGGCUAUGGGACAUGGAGGGGGCUGUCUCUCUGGUCUAUGGAGGACCCAGCCCGGUGUGUGUUGUGGGGGGAGUGUAUAUGCACCCUGUGUUUUGAAGUGGGUCUGCCAUUUUGCCCCCCCGUCUAGCUGGGGAGGGAACCCAGGAGUCCUGGCUCCCAGCCCCCCCUGCUCUAACCCGCCAGCCCCCGAUCCCCUCCCAGAGCCGGGGAGAGAACCCAGGAGUCCUGGCUCCCAGCCCCCCCUACU